AACUGAUCUGAAAAAAAAAAUUGAAAUGAAAAAAAAAAAAAUCUUUAAGAGUCGUGUGUACGCGAACAAAAUAAUUUUGUAUGGUGGUGAAAAAAAAAUUUCCAUCUCUAUAUUUAAGCAUGAAACAAUUUGAAUCAUUCAAGAUAGUUUGUUGUAUUAGUACUAUAACAUUAAUCUAGUACAAUGGCGAAGAAAGCUAAGAAAGGAGGUAAGCAACAGGAAGAUAUCUGGGCCGACGAUGAUGUCGUUGAAGAUAGUCCUCAACCUGAAGAAUUGGGUCUGACUCCAGAUCAAACUGCUACUGAAGAUCAAACUACUGAAAGUGCUGAAGUUGAAGAACCUGAAGAAUCAAAUGGUGGUCCUCAAGGUCCAACUGAAGCUGGUGAAGAUGAUUUUGGUGAUGAUUUCUUAAACUCAAUUAGAAAAUCUAAACAAAAGAAAUCUCAAAAAGUUGAAGAUGAAAAGGCUAAAACUAAAGAUGAUGCUCCAAAAUUAUUAUCUAAAAAGGAAAAGGAAAAAUUGAAAAAGGAAGAAGAAAAGGCUAAGAAGAAGGAAUUAGCUAAUAAGAAAAAGGAACAACAAGCUAGUAAGAAAGAACAAAUUAAAGAAGCAAAUAAACAAAAUGCUGCUAAUUCAUCAUCUACAUCAACUCCAGAACCUGAAGAUAAACCAGCUCCAAAAAAACCAGGUAAGAAAGUUCCAGCCGGUCUUGCUGCUUUAAAACGUCAAUUAGAAUUGAAAAAACAAGCGGAAGAAGAAGAACGUCGUUUAGAAGAAGAAGAAGAAGCUAAAAGAUUAGAAGAAGAAAGAUUAAUUGCUGAAGCAGAUGCCAAGAAAGAAGCUGAUAGGGCUGCUAAAAAGGAAAAGGAAAGAUUAAAGAAAGAACAAUUAAAAGCUGAUGGUAAAUUACUUACUAAAAAACAAAAGGAAGAAAAGAAAUUACAAGAACGUCGUCGUGAACAAUUGUUACAAGCUGGUAAUGUUACUGUUGCUGGUUUACAACAACAUCAAGAUGGUGAAGAAGUUCAAAAACCAAAGAAAGUGGUAUAUGGUAAGAAAAAAUCAACUAAACCAAAGACUUUCACUCAAAAGGCUGCUGUUGUUGUUGAAACAAAGAAAGCUGAUGAUGUAGAAGAAGAAGUUUUAGUUGAUGAUUGGGAAAAGAUGGCAUUAGAAGAUGAACCAGUUGCUGAUGAUUGGGAAUCUGCUUUUAAUGGUGACUCUGAAGUCAAACAUGAAGACGAUGAUGAAGAAGAAGACGAAGAUGAAGAAGACGAUGAAGAAGCUGAAAAAGCUGCUGCUGAAGAAAAGGCUAAGGCUGAAGCUGCUGCUGCCGCUGCUGCCGCCGCUGCUGCCGCCGAAACCGCCGAAAGAAAGGCUAAAGAAGAAGAAGCUGCUAAGGUCAAGAUUGCUGAGUUAGAAAAGCAAGCUGCUGAAACUCCAUCAUCCGAAAAAGAUUUACGUUCUCCAAUUUGUUGUAUUUUAGGUCAUGUUGAUACUGGUAAAACCAAAUUACUUGACAAAAUUCGUCAAACCAAUGUUCAAGGUGGUGAAGCUGGUGGUAUUACCCAACAAAUCGGUGCUACUUAUUUCCCAGUUGAUGCUAUUAAACAAAAGACUAAAGUGAUGGCCAAAUAUGAAAAACAAACCUUUGAUGUUCCAGGUUUAUUAAUUAUUGAUACUCCAGGUCACGAGUCCUUUACUAAUUUAAGAUCUCGUGGUUCUUCAUUAUGUAACAUUGCUAUUUUAGUGAUUGAUAUUAUGCAUGGUUUAGAACAACAAACUCUUGAAUCUAUUAGAUUAUUAAGAGAUAGAAAGGCUCCUUUUAUUGUUGCUUUAAAUAAGAUUGAUAGAUUAUAUGAUUGGGAAACUACUCCAGAUAAUUCAUUCAGAGAUUCAUUCUCCAAACAAUCUAAAGCUGUUCAAUCUGAAUUCCAAAAUAGAUAUGAUCAAAUCAAAUUAGCAUUAGCUGAACAAGGGUUAAAUUCUGAAUUAUAUUACCAAAAUAAAAACAUGUCUAAAUAUGUUUCUAUUGUUCCAACUUCAGCUGUUACUGGGGAAGGUGUUCCAGAUUUAUUAUGGUUAUUAUUAGAAUUAACUCAAAAGAGAAUGUCCAAACAAUUAAUGUACUUAUCUAAAGUUGAAGCUACUAUUUUAGAAGUUAAAGUUGUUGAAGGUUUUGGUUAUACUAUUGAUGUAGUAUUAUCCAAUGGUAUUUUACGAGAAGGUGAUCGAGUGGUAUUAUGUGGUUUGAAUGGUCCAAUUGCUACCAAUAUAAGAGCUUUAUUAACUCCACCACCAUCAAGAGAAUUGCGUAUUAAAUCAGAAUAUGUUCAUCAUAAAGAAGUUAAAGCUGCUUUAGGGGUUAAAAUUGCUGCUAAUGAUUUAGAAAAAGCUGUUGCUGGUUCUAGAUUAAUUGUGGUUGGAGAAGAUGAUGAUGAAGAUGAAAUUAUGGAAGAAGUAAUGGAUGAUUUAACUGGUUUAUUAGAUUCUGUUGAUACUUCAGGUAAGGGGGUUGUUGUUCAAGCCUCUACCUUGGGAUCAUUAGAAGCUUUAUUAGAUUUCUUAAAGGAUAUGAAGAUUCCAGUUAUGUCUAUUGGAUUAGGACCAGUAUUUAAAAGAGAUGUUAUGAAAGCUACUACUAUGUUAGAAAAAGCCCCUGAAUAUGCUAUUAUGUUAUGUUUUGAUGUUAAAAUUGAUAAAGAAGCUGAACAAUAUGCUGAAGACAAUCAUAUUAAGAUUUUUAAUGCUGAUAUUAUUUAUCAUUUAUUUGAUUCAUUUACUGCUUAUCAAGCUAAAUUACUUGAAGAAAGACGUAAAAAUUUCAUGGAAUAUGCUGUUUUACCAUGUACUUUAAAAACGAUUCAAAUUAUUAAUAAACGUAAUCCAAUGAUUAUUGGGGUUGAUGUGGUAGACGGUGCUGUUAGAAUCGGUACUCCAAUUUGUGCUGUUCGUACUGAUCCAACUACUAGACAACCAAAUAUUAUGGUAUUAGGUAGAGUUACAUCAUUAGAAGUGAAUCAUAAAGCAGUUGAUAUCGUUAAGAAAGGUCAAACUGCUGCUGGUGUAGCUAUGAGAUUGGAUAAUCCAUCUUCAGCUCAACCAACCUGGGGUAGACAUGUUGAUGAAACUGAUAGUUUAUAUUCAUUAAUUUCUCGUCGUUCAAUUGAUACUUUGAAAGAUCCUGCAUUCCGUGAUACUGUUUCAAGAGAUGAUUGGUUAUUAAUCAGGAGAUUGAAACCUAUUUUUGAUAUUAAAUAGAUCUAUUCUAUCAAUCUUGAUUGAUAGAAUUACUUAUAUAUAGUAUCAUAUGUCUUUGUAUAAUAAAAAAUCAUUUAUCGUUUUAAGUUUAAUUAGUU